AUGUUACGUCUCCGCAACACAUUGCAUCGAUUUGUGCAACAAAACUCCAGCAAAAGGUUCGAAUAUGUGAAUGGAAAAUGUAUACGUGCCACCAGCACCAGCGCCGGACGUGAUAGUCAAUCCUCAACAAAAGCCACUGCUGACAAUUCGUUUGCUGGCGAAGAUGCUAUUGAUCAGCAACGGCGCACCGGGACUGGUGUUAAGAUGGCACCAGAUGUGGGAAAAUUGCGUGCGCGUUUGCCAUUAGUGAAGAAUUUUUUCGUUGGUGUGGUUGAUAAUGAAAUGCUUGGUUAUCCAGAGGUUGUGCAACGUGAGGAAAUGUCGCGAAUUGAAAACGAAAAAUUGCCGCUUACAAAUUUUUUCACUGACCAAGUUGAGAAUGCUAUAAUUGAUCGCACGCGCCAAAUACCAGCCGAAGUUGUGGAUUCAGUACGACAGUUGGGUUUAUAUGGUCUCAAUGUGCCGGCAGAUUUUGAAGGCAAAGGUCUGGGUUGGACUGCCAGUUUGAUGCUCACAGAGCCGGAAUCACGUUGCACUAAUGUAGCGCUAGGUCUGUUAUCACAUCGCAUAAUAAUCGAUCUGCUAAAAGACGUGGGCAGCGCCGAACAACAACAGCGAUUUCUGCCAAAAUUAGUAAACGGCUCACAUGUAGGCGUGGAAGCAAUAUUCGAGUAUGACAUGGCAGAAAAUGAACUAUUUAACACCACCGCUGAAUAUAUAGUGGAAACUAACGAGUGGCUCUUGUCUGGCAAAAAGGCGUUUGCGAUAGCGGGUCCUUUCGCUACAACCAAUGCGACGCCACUCUUUUUGGUGAUCGCUCAAACUCGUCGGGCGAAUGUUAAAGGAGAUGCUAGCCGUAGCACCACAAUUUUCUUAGUGGACAGUAACACUGACGGUGUUAAAUUAGGAGAACAGCAUUUGACAAUCGGCUGCAGAGGUUUAGACAUACGUCGGGUGGAAUUUGACCAAGUGCGUCUACCGCCCAGUUGUAUUGUCGGUGCUGCGAACGAAGGAAAUGAAGUAGCAGAGAUAUUGCUGCGCAGUAACCGGUUACGAAGUGCCAUGUUGGGACUAGGCAUUGCUAAGCAGUUGGUUAACGACUUGACUUCAUACUGCAUCGACAAUCAACAGUGCAACGUGCCACUGAAGGAUAUGGAAAUUUUGCAGAUGCAUUUAUCGAAGGCGUCUUGUGCGACAUAUGCUAUUGAAAGUAUGAUUUAUAUGACGGCGGGCAUACUGGAUGAAUUUGCGACACCUGAUGUGGCAUUGGAAGCGGCAAUUACCAAAUAUUACAGUCUUACGCAAUUGUUUAAAAUUGCUGGUAAAUCUAUGGACAUCAUUGGCCCCAAAUCUUUAAUUUCCGGUCAAGAAACUGAGGUGCUUUUCCGUGAUAGUGCUCAACUGUACACACAAGGCGAAUCGAUUGACACGCUACGCUUGUACAUCGCACUGGCCGGCUUACAAUAUGCAGGCGGUGUACUGCAAGACACAGUACGCAUGCAGCGCAAUCCACUCUUCCACCCUGGACACAUAUUGGGUAAAUUUCUACAAAGUUCAAACAUUGAUAAUCCAAAGACUAAAAUGCGUUUAAAUGAAAAUGUCCACCCCUCUUUGGAACCGGCUGCGCAAAGCGUCGAACAAUCAGUGGCCCGCCUGCAGAUGUGCGUUGAGUUGCUGCUAACACGCUAUGGCACCGCUGUGGUGGAGAAGCAUCACGAUAUGCAGCGUUUGGCCGAAAUUGCAGCCACAAUCUAUGCAAUGUUUGCCAGUUUAGCGCGUGCCUCACGCUCGUAUUGCAUAGGCUUGCAGUUGGCCGACUAUGAGUUGGUCUUGGCAUCAGCUGUGUGUACGCAUGGUCGCAAAAAAGUACACGCACUAUGCACAGAAAUCUUCAAUGGACAAUAUGUUAAUAACGAUAGUAACUUGCAACGGUUAGCUAAGCAAGUCAUUAAGAGUAAAGGCUAUUUCCCAGUACACCCGCUUACUUUUAAUUUCUAAAUAGUAAGUAAUUUAUAGUUCAUGCGGCAGUUUAACGAUCACGUAACUGUCUAAUGUGCAUGUGAACCGUUAAAUGUAAUUGUAAA